AAUAUUGAGAAUGUGUAAUGACCCUGACAUCACAACAAACGGACGCGACGCAGUUACUAUAUUUAACCUCAUUGCUAUAAACCCAAACAAAUCCGACCAAUCUCUGUUAUUGUUAUCAUCAGCUGGAAUAUCAAAACAAGGACAUUAUACUUAUCAAUAAGCUAAUAUUUUAGUCAUGGAUGUGAAGAAUGCAAGAGCUAAUGAAAAACGGAGUGGUAGAAGAAGAAAGAAAUCUUUUACAGAAGCGUUGAAAGAGAAAUACUGUGUGGAAGAUGAACCAACGUUUGACUUCAUAAUAAUAAGCCCAAAACGGAAAAGUAAUUCCACAGCUGAGUUGGCCCACUUACAAACUGUGGUACUUAAUGAGAUGGAUGUAACAAGAGCAGAUAUUCCAUGCCAAGGGUUGACCUCCCUGUGUCCAAAUGUGGUUGACCUUGACCUAGCCAAUAACCUGUUAGACAAAUGGACAGAAUUACUGACAAUCUUGUCACACCUGCCUAAAGUGAAAUACGUUAAUGUCAGUAGAAACAACCUUCGCUUGCACCCAAGCGACCCACUCCCUGAGGCUAAACUGUCUGUAGAAAAUUUGGCAUUAAAUGACACUGGUGUAUCCAUAGAGGAAAUUGUCAAGCUUUCACCCAUCUUGCCUAUGUUGAAAGAACUUCAUUUAUGUGGAAACAAUUAUGAAGAGCUUGCAGACAUUGAAGAAAGAAUCCAAGAAGGGGCUUUCUCAACCCUGGAGUGUCUUAGACUAAACAAUAAUGGCAUUUCUAGUUGGUCUGAGGUUUGGAAGCUUAGACACUUACCUAAUCUGAAGUACCUUGUGCUAUCUGGCAACCCAGUCAAGGACAUUUUUUAUCAAGUUUGCUCACAAAAUGAGCAGCUUGAUCUGGCAAGUUCUAUUAGAUCAGAUACUUCACAAAGCAAUUCUAUGCAAGACCAAACAAAUACCAAUGAAACUAAUGAACAGACCACAGAUUUAAUCAGAGAAUGGGACUCUAGUGACCCCUCCUUCUCUGACUCCAAUCUCUUUACAUAUCCGUCUGAAGAUCUUGAUGCUGUUGACGAAAUUGAAGACUUAAAUGAUCUAGACACAGAGAGUUCCUCUGAAGACAUAGAGGACUGUGGCUGCACACACAGGCCAGUGAGCAGGUUUGAGAACCACUCGGAUUCUGACUGUUCUGAUGGUGACAGGGCUAGAACUGACAGCGAGAGCGACGUCUCUCUCAGUGCUGAGGACAACUUCUGUUUCUCCGAGCUGGAUGCCUCCUCAAACAGCAACUUUAACAACAGCUACGUCUGUGAGACACACAUGCCUGUGUACUCAGAGUUUGAAGCCUGCCCUCACAACUUCUCUAAAUCUGUCGACAUGAGCCGUGACAGUGAAUCAAAGUGUGAAUUUAAACUACAUGAUGAGGACUCCGAGGUUGAAAGUUCAGACAGCCAUCGCUUGGCUGCUGAAACCUUUCUAUUUGAUGUGAUAAACAACAUUGACUUCUCUAAAGAUUUCCCACCAGUACAGUCCCCUGCCUGUGCUAAGUCUGGCAGUCUUCACACUACAACCCCAAGCAGUGCCAGUCAUGAAAACAGUUUAUCACCAGUAAAGCUGGCUGAUUCUGUCUCUCACAGUGCCAACUCUGACAAACAGACAAGUGUCAUUGACAACAUGUGGCUGGAUGACAUUCUGGAAAAAGAAAUGUUCAUAAAUAUUCACUUCGAACAAAAUGAUGGAGACUUGUUCACACCUCGCUCAAUAAGUUUACAGGAUGAAGAUUUCUUCUCCCACAACCACUCCAACAAAUCUUACCCGGCUAAAACUAAAACACAGCGCUGUCUGUUUCAAGAACCUGACAACACCACCAAAACUGAACUUAGCCAAGAAAAUGACAGCAGUUUAAAAAAUGAAUCUAGCAGCUUGGCUCAUCAGAUCACACCAACACAAACCUGUAUACAGUCUCACAGUUCUAGCAGUAAGAAAUCCUCAGCCAUGUUGCCUGAGAGACCAGCUGAUAGCUGUGAUAGAGGUGAAGGACCCCAACAUUCCCAGCACAGACUCCACAUGGCAGCCGAUGUAUCAGAGAGUGAGAAGACGCAGCCAUUCCAUCAGUUGCAGACACUGUGUCUCAGCAACGCCAACCUCUCCCACUGGACACACUUGAAGCCGUUUAAACUGUUUCCUAAGCUCAACAACAUUAGGCUUAAGAAUAAUCCUUUGUACUCAUCAGAACAUGCAGAGGACAGGAGGAAAUUGUACAUAGCCAGUUUACCCACUGUAAAUGUGCUGAAUGGCAGUGAGAUCUCCCAGACUGAGAGAGAGAAAGCUGAGAGACAUUACCUGCGCUACUACAUGGACCAGGAGGAGAAACCAGAGUUUUAUUACACUUUAAUUAAAAAACAUGGCCCACCUGUUCGUCUUGUUGACAUUGAUCUCAGUGCAGGGUACCAGGAGUGGGCUAAUCUCAAGUUUGUCUGUGAAGGGGUGGUCAAGUUCACCCGUAAAAUACAUUUGGUUGAGCCCAUCACUAGAUUGAGGGCUAUAAUCUCACAAGAAUUGAAAAUACCCAAAAGCUGUUUUCUCCUGUACCACCACUCCUGCGGACCCUCCCACCCCGAGUCAGAGAGGGAGCUUGUAGAGCUGAGGUGUGAGUCCCUCCCCAUGUCACGCUUUGAUUUUGCCGAGGGGGAUGAGGUUCACAUUGACAUUAGGGACUAAACAAACACACCACGGACCAGGUUCAAGUGUCUGACACCCAGCUAGCUGAGGGGGGGAUGAGGUUCACAUUGACAUCAGGGACUAAACAAACGCACCACGGACCAGGUUCAAGUGUCUGACACCCAGCUAGCCAAGGGGGGUGGGGAAGAGAUUCAUAUCCAGGUCUGAGCUUGCCAGGCUGCAGAUAUCAUCAUCACCCAGCUGACCUCAUGAGUGAACCUGAUGACCUUGUGGGUGAACCUGAUGACCUCAAGGGUGAACCUACUUACCUUGUGGGUGAACCUAUUGACCUUGUGGGUGAACCUGAUGACCGUGUGGGCAAACUUACUGACCUCAUGAGUGAACCUGAUGACCUUGUGGGUGAACAUGAUGACCUCAAAGGUGAACCUAUUGACCUCAUGGAUGAACGUACUGACCUUGUGGGUGAACCUGCUGACCUCAUGGAUUUAACCUACUGACCUCAUCAGUGAACCUGAUGACCUCAUGGGUGAACCUUCUGAACUUGUGGGUGAACCCACUGACCUUAUCAGUGAACCUGAUGACCUCAUGGGUGAACCUAUUGACCUUGUGGGUGAACCUACUGACCAACUGAUUGUAUUAUAAAACAACCAAACCUGCUUUGAUUCUAUUAGCUAGUGGUGUGCACCUUAAUGGCCGUAGAAAUGUGUACUAGUGUGUGUCGGCGUAAGCACUAGCUGAUGUUGAAUUAAGUUUGUUGACUCAUUCAUGUUUUGCUCACUGAAGUAAUGAAUGACCCGUGUUCACUGUAAGAUAGUUUUAUCAGCCCUAUAGGCAUUUAAACGUCGUGUUCCAUGAAGUCUUAAGACAAACCUAAAUGUUGAGGGCACAAACUUAAGACCGCUAGCUGUGAAGUUACAUGCAUUUAAGGUAAGUAAAGUUUCUUACAUUCUCAUCACAGAGCUGCAUCACCCUGUUCUGUAGCCAUGGUCUACAGGUCUAGGGUAUGUUAGGACAUAGUCCAGUCAUAAGGAAAACAGGUGUGUACACAGGUGUGUCAUUUCAUGCUCCAUGUUGAAAGCCAUUUGAUUUGUGACACACAAUCACAGUAAGUGUACAUGGUAUAUUCAAUUAAUUAAGACAAAACACAAGUACAACACAAACAUUCUAAUUGCUUCAGCACUUUAAAAAAAUGGGAGUUAUUAAAGUCAGUCAUAACCAGAGGAGAAAGACCAUUCAAAGCACAUGUAAGUAAAUUAUGGGGUCAAUAAAGUUUAUAUUAUCACUAUUGACUGUUAUAUCAGUAGUGUGGGGAGGGAGAUGCAAGGUAGUUGUCCUCCCUGGGUGUUAGUUUGUCAGUAUAUAACAUUAAGAUGGGGUCAGGGGUCAGCUCUUGUAAGUACGAUUAUGUCCAUAUGACCACUAGUAUGAAUUACAUCAGGAGUAGAGGGUAUUCAAACCACCAUAUACAUUUAUAUAUAUAGAUGUAAGCAUAUCUGCCUAACACCCUCCUGGAUAUAUAUGCCAUAACCUGUACCUUGAGAAUAAGCCACUAAGCUUUAUUGAUGAGCUGAAAACUGAAAUUAUGUAAAUAAAAAAUAUAUUUGAAUGUAUCACCAUAGUAGAUUUUGCAUUACCUUAGAGCAAAUUUUUCUGUGUAAAAUUUUUUUUAAACCUUGCAUUUAGUUUAAACAAAGAAUUUAGAUGACAUUAAUAUGGUCAUAGUUUUUACUGUCAAAUCUCAUUAAGUGACUGAUGCAUUACAAAUUAUUUGUAUUAUUACAUUUAUGCUUAAAGGUAAAGAAAUUGUAAAAGAUGUAAUUCUGUUUAGGUUUAUUAACAGGUUUGUCUAGAUUUUUAAAAUCCAAACUCAUCUGAUAUUGUAGUUACAGAUUUGAGUUUAUUUUAUGACUACAAACUACUUUCAUGUUGUCCAUCUUUAUCUAAAUCUGUUAAAAUGUGGUGGUCAUUUUAAAGACAACUAACCAUAAUCUUGACUCCCAUGUACUGCUGGAUGAUUCAUCCAAUAUGACACUGCUACUUUGGGUAGCAAAAAAUGACAUGUCAGUCUUGUCAUUUCUGUAAAAAAAAUUUUAUAUUCCAUCAUCUUUCAAGGUAAGUAACUGAUUAUAAACUUCUUCACACUUUUUUAUCUGUUGAAAAGUUAAGAAAAACAUGACAUCACAUUUAAAGGGCGGUAACUAGUGAUUACAAAUAAAGGUAAGUAACUCAUUCAUUUUAACCAGUAAGUCCUUGUCAAGAUAAUUCAUGUAAGUAAUUUGAAAAAAAUUUGUGAUAUUGUUUUUUGUAUGCCUAUGUAUGUUUUUAGAGAGCCUUUUAUUAGGCAGUUUAACCUUAUAUUUCUAACACUCUUGUUUAUACAGUUUUAUAGAUUGUGACUAAUGGCAUUAUUUUUGUGCAAAAUUCAAGAGUGAUUUUAUUUUAUUUCUAUUGUAUUUUUAGCGGUUUAAAUUUACCAAACUUUGUGAUGAUUAAAAAUUAUGUACAUACA